UACAGAUUAGUUAAUUUAUGACUGAAUGUUACACAAGAUGCUGUAAAGAAGCAAAAUGGCAGGAUAUAGCUCACUGGGUAAAGACUUCCCUUUUGCUGAUGAAGUCAAUCCAGAAGAUGGAGCAUGUCAUGCAGAGAGGAGAGAUGUGGACAAGGCUACCACAUCAUUAGAUAGCAACAUACGUGAUAACAUUGAAGAGGUUUGGAAGAAGUUAGAAUUUAAAGUACUGGAUGAUAGAAACACAGUUUAUAAAAAGGAUGCAACAAAACAAGUUAAUAUUUCGAUGUUGCAAUAUGCUUUCAAAUCAGAGGUUGCUAAAAUCGAUUUCCUUAGAAGAAUAGAAGGAGGUUAUGAAUUUGAAGUUGAAUCUCCUGGGGUUGUUCAUGUCAGUGGAGAAUGCUUUGACAAAAACAAGAUUGACGAGCUUUGGGUCAAAUUAAUUUCGUCAAUUAAUGAUGCAUUGACACAACGCAAUGUUGUGACAUCAUACAAAUUUCGGAGUAGGACAGAGAUGGAAAAUACUCUACAAAAGUUAGAUAGAAAAACAAAGCACCUGACAGAGUCAGGAAUAAUAGGCAUAUUUACAUCUUAUGAAGAUAAUGUGUGUAUUGCAAAAUUUGUUGCAGCACAACCUGACUUGGAUAAGUUCAUACCAAAACUGCAUCUUUCUAUGGCCUCUGGUAAAAAUGCUACAUUUGGUCACCUUAAAAAGGUUGAAGAAUACCAUAAAAAAAAUGUUCGGGUUGAUUCAAUAGAUAUUUUAGAAGAUGAAGACAAAUACUUUCAAACUAUGGAUUAUCUUGUCCAUUUGCGUGGAAAAUUUCCUCAUGUAAGAAUCACAAGAGAAGAUACUGACAGUGCAACUUAUAAGUUUAUUUGUGUAGAUGAACAUGAGCUUAUGGAGGCUAUGUCAUGGUUUCAUAGUUGCAUAAAUGAGAUGGAAAGAAAAAUGGUUGAUGUUUCGCCUGACGGAUUCAAAUUCAUUAGCAAAAAUAAAAAUGUACAGGCAUAUUUAGAAAUAAGGCUACGAAAAGUGCAAUCAGCAUUAAUGAUUUACUCAGACAAGAUUUAUGUUUUAUGUCAGGAAAAAUAUCUGGAAACUUCUGAAAGAAUUGUUAUUGACAACAUCAAAACUGUUGAACUUGAAGGCUGUUUGUUCCCUGAAGCAGAAGAGAUUCAGAAGAACUGUCAUGGAAAAAUACAGGUUUUCAAAGGAAAUAAACCAGGGAUGAUGAUAAUUUGGUAUACUGUAGAUAAAUCUGUUGAGGCAAAGAAGUUGAUAGAUUUGGUACAAAAAUACAGGAAAUACAAGAGAAAGCCAUAUUCUGACAAGGAGAUAAAGGAAAUGAAAGCUCUUGGUGUUAUGGAGGAGUUACAGGAGGAAUAUAAAGAUAUUCUUAUUCGUACAGGAGAUACAGAUGUUAUACUACAAGGCCCAGAAAUGGAUCAAUUGGAUGCUUGUUUCAAGAAGUUAGACACUGCACUACAAAAGAUCGACUUUGUUGAGCUUAAUUCUCUACCAAAUUUACAACAGAAGCUGCUUCAAAAUGGCAAAGUACAAAAAUAUGUGGCAGAAAAGUUAAAGAGAAAGACAGCAAUUUGUGAAGAUGCCAAAGCGGUCACUGGCUUUGUUUUUAGAAAAGAGAAUGAGAAAUCCAAAUCAAGUAUUUACUUGGAGAUAAAAAACUGUUUUGUAGAAAUGAAAAUUGAUACACAAUGUCUUGAACAUGAAAAAGGAAAGAGUUUUCUUUCAGAGCAUCCAGAAGAGGUGGUAAUUGGAGAUCAAAGGAACAAAACUUUCUGUAGUAUAUGUUGUACUGCAGAUUUGAGUCAAGAAAUUAGACUUUUACUAUAUUCUUAUAGCAAAAGUUGUACUCCUAUUGUGGCAAACUAUCUUCUUUCAUUUGGUGCCAAAUGUCUUGAAGAGAUUAAGGAAAAACAUAAGGUUGGUAUUGAAAUUGAAAAUGACAGAAUCUGUAUCAAGGGACAGUAUAGUAGAGGAAAAAAUGUUGUUACUGAAAUAGAAAGUCAUCUGAACACCACUGUUUUACAUUUUGGGAAGCUUGAUUAUAAAAGAAAACAGUUGUUAGCAGCUGACAAAAAUCAAAUUGACUCUGUUGCUGAGAACUGCAGAUGUUGCUUGAAGGCUGAGGUAUUUCCAUUCCAGUCAAUACAGACUGAAGAGAAAGGUAUUGAAUAUCUAUGCACAUGGAAUCUGCCAUGCAGAAAGGAACAAAUUUCAAUCGCUAAGAUAGAUUACAACACAGCGAAGCUUGAUGGGCUCAUAGUUCCUGUAAAUGAGUGUCUUUAUGGAGAAGAUAUCAAUGGAAAAGAUGAAAGACAUUAUUCUCCUGACCAAAGCCAUCAACCUAAGCUGAGAAUUGGGGACUCAGAAGAAAUGGUAUGGGAAAACGAGUGUGUUAGUGUCAAAUGCUUUGCCCUGGUGACAUCAGAAAGUGGCCUAAGCCAAAACAAACAAACUAGGCAAAAUAUUAAUGCUAGUGACCUAAAAAGAUUCUGUUUUGCCAUUUUUGAAAAGAUGUUUAGUGAGAGAACAUACAAAGUUGGAUUUGAAUUACCUACAAGAGACCCAAACUUGAUAGGGAAAUUAGACGCAGUUAUUGAAGCAUUUCAAGACAUUAAAACAACACAUGUUUACCAUAGUAUGUCAGAUCCCAAACUUAUAUUUGGUGUGAAGACUGAAGCUGAGAGAUGGAUGAAGGAGGUUGAUGAUACUCUCAAGUAUACCCCUAAUGCUAGGCGCAUUAUUUCCCCUAGAUAUAAAGGUCUUUUGAACAGUCCAUGUACAAGUGUAGAGAUAGCCAAGAAGUCUAUUCUUGAGACAGGUGCAAACUGUAUAGUUGUAGCAAUUUCUCAAGAUCUAGAUCUGUCAAAGGGAUUUGUUUCAAAUCUUGUCAGCAAGGCAUGUGGUAAACAGUUGAAAGCAGAGUUGUCCUCAAAAUGCAAAAAACCUCCAAAGUUUUGGGACCUUGUUAUGUGCCAGUCAUAUAACUUGGCUGAAAAGGGAAUCCAGAAGGUGAUCUUUGGUUAUAUACCAUGUUGGAAAGAUUGCAAUAAAAUUGAGGAUUUGGAGGUGUUCGUACAAAACUGUUUACUUCUGGCUGACAGUGAAGGAAUUUCAACAUUGGCAUUUCCUGCUUUAGGUACUGGAAAAGAGUAUCCAUAUCGAGAUGUGGCAGUCGCAUUGUUAAAUGGAGUAGACAAAUAUGUGGCUGAGGGAAUAAUUGGAGGAAUUUCAACUGUUUACAUCUCUGUACCCCAAAUAACCAAAAAAGAAGUUGAAAUAUGCCAGAUUUUAGACAGAGAGCAAGAGAGAAGGAAAUCGGCUGAAACUACCUCUGGAAAACAGCAUCAAGCAGAGGGUAAUAUUUGAUAAAUACAUUUUUCCUACUGCUUGAUACUGGCG